UGGCUCUCCUCAAGUUGAGCAACAGCGGUAAAUACGUCUGGUACGAGCAAGUUGCUGCACGGAUUUCCCGGAGCUGCGCAUAACUUAAGAUCCAGAAUGCUGACAAGAGGAUGAAUCCUUCAGGUCAUCUGAGACAUCCACGUGUCUUCGCUGCUGUCCCUCCCCGACAGCCCUCUCGUCCCACUGGGGCACCAUCUGCUUCCCCACGCUCCCCCCCUCGCCCCUGUCCAGCUCCCUCCUCCCCCCUCCUCCCCUGCCCCCAGUAGUGGCCAUCCCAGAGGGGAAGGAAAGGCGAGCCAGCUCCUGUAAAUAUGCCUGGAUGGAGGUCUCAGUGGCGUCUCGUCCUGCUGAACUCCCUGACCUGUGGCCUGGAGAUCUGCGUGGCAGCUGGGAUCACAUACGUGCCCCCGCUGCUGCUGGAGGCUGGAGUGGAGGAGCGCUACAUGACCAUGGUGCUAGGUAUUGGUCCAGUGCUUGGUCUCCUGUUCAUCCCUCUGAUUGGCUCAGCCAGUGACCACUGCAACAGCAGUUAUGGCAGAAGGCGGCCUUUCAUCUGGCUGCUGUCUCUGGGAGUCCUUGUGGCGCUUUUAGUCAUUCCCCACGCCGACGUCCUGGCUGCACGGCUCGCAUGGGGAGGCCGCACCUUCCAGGUGGGUUUCCUCAUCCUUGGUGUGGGGCUCCUUGACUUUUGUGGACAAGUGUGCUUCACACCGCUGGAGGCGCUUCUAUCGGACUUGUACCGAGACGAGGAGGACUGCGGCCAAGCCUUUGCAAUGUUCUCCUUCAUGGUCAGCUUGGGAGGCUGUGUGGGUUACUUGCUUCCCGCACUGGACUGGAGUCACAGCCUGCUCUCUGUUUACCUAGGAGGCCAGGCCGAGUGCCUCUUCUUUAUCCUUAUCCUCAUCUUCAUUACCAGUGUGCUGAUCACCAUGAAGGUGUCUGAGGAACCCUCUUUUGCCAGCAGCCCCUUGGCAGGGUCUGGAUCUUUAUUGGAGUCAGGGGCCGGACCGAUGGAGUCAGGGCGGUGCGGUGUGCCACGCUCAUGCUGCUACCUGCUGAAGUGCAAGCUGAGGCUGCUAAAGUCUGGACCCGUGCUGUGCUUGCUGAGGACGUGCUGGUCCAUGACUCCGGCCAUAUACAGGAGCUACUGCCAUGUCCCAAAGGUGAUGAGGCAGCUGUGUGUGGCUCAGCUCUGCAGCUGGAUGGCUGUCAUGUCCUUCAUGCUCUUCUACACAGACUUUGUGGGGGAAGGCCUGUAUGAGGGCGUACCCAGUGCAACACCAGGAAGCGUGUCCAGACAAAGAUAUGAUGAAGGUAUCCGUAUGGGCAGUCUGGGCCUGUUCCUGCAGUGUGCUACCUCAACCUUCUUCUCCCUGGUCAUGAGUCAUUUGGUUCGCCAUUUUGGCUCAAGAUGGGUCUACAUGAGCAGUAUGGUGAGCUUCACAGUCUCUGCUUUGGUCAUCUGUUUGUCCAAAAGUGUGGUCCUGGUCACAGCCAUGGCAGCCCUCACUGGCUAUGCAUAUGCUACACUGCAGACUCUGCCCUACACGCUCACCUGCCAUUACCACAAGGAGAAAGAGGUCUACAUGCCAAAAAGGAAAACCAAAAGCGUGCAUAAAAAUGGUAUUACAUCCAAGCGGGAUUCUGUGUUUUUGACUCCUGUGGAAGAGGAGAGUGGACUAAACCACAAAACGGGGGGAGGCACCUAUGGGCACGCCUUCCUCACCAAGGACAAUUUUGAGUACUACCCCAGUCCUCACAGCCAGAACGGCUCGUCUCAUAGCUCCGGUGGCACCGAGCAGGAGGAGGCGGAAUUGGGGUAUGAGAAACGUGGCGUGGGCUUGGACUUUGCCAUUUUAGACAGCACCUUCCUCCUCUCUCAGGUUUUCCCCACCUUCUUCAUGGGCAUGAUCGUUCAGUUCGCACAAUCCGUCACUACCUACAUCGCCUUCUCUGCCAUCUUCGGUGCUGUCGCCAUCUACUUGGCCCGUCAUAUUGUCUUUGACCAAAAGGACCUCAAAAGCUGAGACUCAGACGGAGAAGUCAUGGGAGUGACGAUGGAAGCAUAAAUGUCAAUCAAUCAUUCAUGUUCCAUGGCUGGAACUCUCAAUAAUGCACUACUGUUCCCAGAAUGCCUUGCUCUUGUACCAUGUGUUUGCUUUUGCGAAAGCGCUGCCUUGAGGAAAUGUGUUGCUACAUCCACACUCAUACAUUUUUCGUUUUAAUAAGCAUGCUAGGUUUAUGCUUAGCAUCCACACUGCUCUGGCAUUUUCCAAAAUGGAGACUUUCUAAAAUUUUGGUGAUGCCGUUUUAAUUUGAAAACUCCAGGAUUGCUUUUUAGUCUGGAUAGGCGGAAACAACGACUAUUGAAAACAAUGACGCAGGCACCCAUGUUCGCGUCCGAAUCUUUCCUGGUUCUUGUCAGUUCCAACUUGUACUUAUGUGUUACUUUCCGUAUCCGUUCCACCCUUAUCGGUCCAAGCAAAGAAAUCUCUGGUCUUACCCUUCACCAUUGCUGUUCUCCCUCUGUAGUUUUUUCUGCAACUAAACAACUGACUGCCGAGUAGACAAUCUGCUUUCUGUUUAUACCAGCACAUGCAUGCCCAGAGUACAUGAGUAGUAAUGUGAUUUGCGUUUUCAGGUGUGUUAGUAUGGAUGGAAAUUAUUUCUGAAAUGGAAACGCUCAUGUGGACUGAGAUUGUUUUCAGAAACUCUUUUAAAAUGAAAACGCAUAAGUGUGGACGUAGCCUGCGUGUCUUGUCAGCCAGUGUGUUGCAGAGUAUGAGAGGAAGUGGGUAACAAAGGAGAAUAUGUCACCAGGGAAAUGUAUGCAGUGUCCGUAACAGCAGGAAUUGUUACCUGAAGAGUCGCCACGGAAGGUGUGCUCAAGUCAGGUGUGGUACUCGCUCUCUCUCUAAAAGUUUUAUCUUUUCUGUCCAUCGUCCUUUUCCUCAGGUACAGGUAUCAGACAGAUUUACUGUAGAACUCAUCAACCUCUGAUACACUGCUACUCACUUUUAAUGUUUUUUAUCGUCAGUUUUUUAUAGUAGUUUGUUUGUACUCAACGUGUCAAACACAGUAUUUGCUUGUACAGACUCAUCUGCAGUAUCAUUACACUACUCUUGAGACUGGUCUUCUUCUUACCGAGUGAGGCUUGUCUUUCCUGACAAUGGCAGAAUGGAUAGAUUAGCGCAAUGUUUCUACCCAUUCAGAAGUGGGACCACUGGACUUGUCCAGCAUCAAAGACACACUAUAGUGAUCUGUUAAAGCAACUCCAUGAAGCCAAGAGGACUUGUGAGAGAUACAUUUUUAAAAGGUUAAUAUAUCCUGUUAGUUCUGUCAAAUUCCAAAAACACUGGAUCCUACAUUUCCCAUAAUGCAACUCAUAAGCAUAUUUCAUUCGGCCUGAAUUGCCUGUUGAAUGCCAUCAUCUUCCAUACUCCAUGUCCUCAGUUUGUAACACACGUUUUCCGUCAAAUAUUGGAAGUCUCAAGCCUAAUUCAAGAUGACCCUAAUAACAUCAUCAGGGUCAUUUUCUCUGACUCUACAAAGAUCCUUAAGAGCCACAGAAGAUGUUUCACACCUGUUUUCACAGGCUGAGUAGUGCUCUCCAUGGCGAGUAAACUUUUAUGUGUAAAAUUGGUGGACUACCCCUUUAAAAAUUUGCCUGUGCUAUGAUGUUUGCCCCAUCUAGUGUCAUUUAUUAAUUAAUGAACAGUUUUACUGUAAAUAUCUUGUAUACAAAUUUACUGUAUAUCCCUAUGGGAAUGUUGUUAUGCAACCUGUUGAGGUGCGGAUAUCGACUGUGGUGGUUUAGGAAUGAAGCUGUUUAUACUUGGAACUGGAAUAUUGCGUCAAACAUCCCUUUUGUAGUGCGAUAAUCAAGAGUAGUCGAGUCUAGUGAACUGCUCAUCCCGUCCAACCCUGCUUCUGAUCAGGUCUGUUCGUCUCAGGUUAGUGUCCCGCGCUGUUUAUAUGCCACUGAUAAAACGCUUUCCCUGCUGCCCGAACCCUUCAACUUUUACUGUGUAUUCAAAUGACAAUCUAUGACAUCCAGAUGGGCUUGUUAUGUAACGCUGUAUGUAGACGUAAACAUGUAGGGUGAUGUCUGACAGACGCCCACUUCAUAGCACCCAUUCCUCAAAGACCAAAAAAGUCAUGCAGUAUAUGGAAACAUUUGGUUACUGAAAAUGAUUUGAGAGUAGGCACUGUCUAUUGUUGGGCUGAAGGUCAAGUUGAGUGUGUGUAUGUGUGAGUGUGUGUAGACGGUGAGAAAGCAUAAGUAAUAUUUAAGUGUGAGGCUAAUGAAAAGCGAUAUGACUCGAGUGCUUGCAGUUAUAAUGAACUGUAUUGACUAUAGCCCAUGUGAUGCUGUAUGUUCAUAUGUGUCGUGGCCUUCAGUGGAGCUUUUCAAAUUGGCCAGUGGGUGUAAACACUACGCUGGUGUUGUGAACAGAAGGAUCCUCAAGGAUCUCGUUGCCUGAGGUGCACUCAGCAUGGGGGAAGCAAAAACGGCAGAGGAUUUGUCAUGUUUACACGACUGCAUAGAAGACUAAAAAAAAACCAACCGAAUUAUCCUUUUCACCCCGCAAUGCACAGGAAAAUAUUGUCUGUCAGUAGCAGAAGCGUCAGAAAAAAAGGUUGUUUUCAAGUGCCUGUACAUUUUUCAACAUUUUUUGUACAUAAUGUAUUUAUUUAUUAUGCUUUUAUUACAAAAAUAGCACGUAUUAAACUAUUGGCCUCUUUGGCAUCUGUCAUGGGUGCAAGGGUGAAGGCUGUGAAAAAGAUAAAUUAUUUCUAUAGAUGUGGUAUGGAAGCAUCCUGAAAGCUAUAAUUUAUUUUAACAUAUCCCACAUUAUCCUGUAGCUUUGACAGCAUCACAUAGUUGUGUUACUGAUUACUGCUGUCACUCAGAAUAAGUAUCAGAUCAGAUUUAGAUGAGAAUAUUCAAUACUUCAGAUAUCAGAUUCCCCCCUGUGGACAUCAUCCAUGUAGCCUGUAUCAGCUGAAAACUUAAUUCACGUCACACAACUGAGAGGCUUUGUGAUUCCCCCCCCCCACCCCCUGGUGCAGCUGGUGCAAAUACAGUAAGAAACCUUGUUAUUUUGUCAAUACUGCUUUAUCUGGGUCUUAUAUAACCACUUGUUUCAUAUCAGAGAUCUGUUACAUUGUUUAAUUUAACAGAUAAACUCUACAGAUAUCUUUAACUGAAUGGGUGGAGGUUGUUUUUAUGUCCGUAUUGUUCCAAACCAAAUGUCCUGUUUGAUUUAAGACAGCAAAGUGCCAGUGGCCAGUCUACCUUAAGGCCAGAAAUCAUUUUGUUCUAAUGCAAUUGAUCAGUUGUUUUAUUAUCAUCACAAUUUUAGUUGUCACCAUCAUUAAUGCAUUCAGCCAUAACAAAAAAAUGUUUAUUUUAUGUUGUACAUCAUCAGAUUGUGUAUAAAUAUGCAGUUGCCAAACAGAUUUUAUACAAAAUUAAAAAAAAAACUGCAUUGUGAA